AUGUCCACCCCUUCCAACCGUGAUGCGCGCCGUGAAGGCUUAAGGCCGCAGCCCCCCAAAGCGCCGCAGUUUACCCCGAAUACUGCGCCCGUCAGACAGACUCGCGCCAGUACUCACACUUCCUCCCCACAGCCUAGUGGCUCACACCCUCCAAACAUGAACUCCAGCUCGAAUCCCAUGAGCGCGAACUUCAAUGUUCAUGAUUUCCAGGGCAAGGAUGAGAAAUUUGUUCCGAUGCUGACGCGCGACGUACCUACCCCUGGUUCUCGUCCAGGCCUUUUCGCUGAGCAGAGAACCAAGGAGGUCAAAGAGGCUGACUUCUAUGACCCUUUGUUCCCUCUCAGAUUUCUUGAUGUCCCGAAGUCGGACCAUAUCUAUAAGCGUGCUCACUACGGACUCCAAUCUGGAAUUCCCGACGAAGUUGACUUUGCGCUUUACCACUUGGUGCAGAUAUCGAACCAACGCUGGGACAAAUUCAAGUUUGAGGGGUUCCCGCUGCUCGCAGAAACGCUUAUGGAGAAAGCCAUGGAGAUCACUCUUCUCUGUACUGGAGUCAAAUGGGAACUUGAAUAUGACUUCCACAAGCCAAUGAACCGUGUGAAUAUUCUCAAUUCCCUGCAGAGCACACGCGAUAUCCUUGAGCGCAUCAAGAGUAUUCCCGUCACUCUGCCCAAUGACACUCUCGAAACUGAAGAGUUCAAUCACCAUCUACGGAAUAUCAAAGAGGCUACGUUGGUUCUGCGUAACAUGGUUCUCUUGAAAGAGAACGCCUGGUACGUGUCACGCUAUGCAAAGGGACUUUUGAGGGAUUUCCUCGUCGUCCUGAUCAAUAUCCCGUCCGACCCUCGUCUCAACGAGAUCAAGAACGAUGCCUUGGACAUUGCGGAAGAGGUAACGAUGUACAUGAGAACGGAUCCGCAAGAUCCUCUCUGGAUUUCAUUGUUGGAAUGUCUCAAAUCAAACGAUCGUGCGCAUAUCGUCCGCGCUCUUUGGUCCCUGACCCAUUUCUCUACCGAGUUGGAGGCUCCUGAUAGCAACACUGCGAUCCGUGGUGGGGUACCCAAGGACAUUCUUCAGCAGCUUUACUAUCUCACUCUUGUUCCCAGUGAUAAGGAUAUGAUCAGCGGUGCUCUUGACUUCUUCUACCAGUACACUCUCAUACCAGAGAACAUGGAUACUAUGCUCGAGGUGUUCAGUCUUCCCACUGUUUUCGUUCCCAAAAUGAUUGAUCUACUCCACCAUGAAGGAAGACUUGGCAAGCGUGAGACUGUGCUGCAAGAAGAGAAGGUCGAAGCGCCACCUACCGAGAUUCCGCGUGUGCCCCCAGAGCUGUUCAAGGAUCUGAUGGAACUCUCCGAGCCUGAACGCAGUUCCCGCUGGCUACGUUGCUGUUUCGUCGAAGACCCCGAAUGUGAAAUCACACAGAUUGCUCUUUGGCAAGCCUAUCAGAGCAGGUUCGCUGACUCUCGGCUUCCCGGUGGUGGUGUUCUUCCUGCUGCCGAGUUCAUCAAGAACGUCAGCACCACCUUUACCAAUGCACAGGCGCAGGUUAUCAAUGGACCGGGAACUGCAACCAAGUUCAUCAUCAAGGGCAUCCGCCCGUUGGAAACUGCGUACACCUUCCAAGGCUUCCCUUACCUGUACUGCAAAUGGGCCGAUAAUGCCCAGGCCUCGAGGGUUUGCGGCCGUGCCUUCCCUACGCCUACUGAUCUUCGUUCCCAUGUCUUCACGGAGCACAUGCAUCUGAAACCUACGGAACAGCCUGGUCAUUACGACCUCAGCAAAGCAGACAGACCUAUCCACACCUGCGAAUGGAAUAACUGCACCAAGUUCAGAACAACUGGCCCAAGCGACGACACUGCUAUGGUUGCUGAGCAUGUUGCUUCACACUUGCCUGAAGAGCGCGAUCCUGACGCUGAACCGCCUAAGCCGGAGCGUAAGAUCCUUCAGCCGCGCGUUGUCCGGCGCUGGUACUACAUGGAUACACCGACCAACGAGAGAGGCGAGCCUUAUGGUGUCGCGUACAAGGCUGCGCUGAUCAUGCGCAACAUUGCUUGGAACCUCCCCAGCGGCAGUGCGGGGCCAAGAUACAACGACUUGCCGUGGAAAAAGGCUGUAUUCCUGAGCCACCGUGCGAAGAUUAUCUCAACGUGGGACCGCAAUCGCUCGUUGCGCAAAGAGCUUACAGAGCUGAUCAUGGAAUUCGAGAAAGAAGACGAUUAA